AUGUGCCCAUGUCGUUCUAACGCUGCAGGUGCCAUGGCGAAAAUUGCACAACUAGUCAUAUCCCUUGUGGAAGUUGUCAUGGUAACUGGGAUCUUGGUGGAGUCCCAGCUGUUUGUGGGGCUUGCCCUGCUAAAGUCACAGCCCCGGGACACUCCAAGGCUCCUGAAUACCAAUGAUUACAGUGUCAGCAGCGGGGAAAUACACCCCGGGUGGCCGGAACCGUGCUGCCUUCUCAACUCAUUCACCGAGAUUCCAGGAAAUUACAGCUGGUCCCAGAGAGGCGUGUACGAGCACCAUGAUGUCAGCCUUGUUGGCUUGCUUCCUCCUCAUUUCUUAGGCAUCAGCAGUAAACGGCUCGGUGUCUGUGGCUGGAUCCUCUUUUCCCUUUCUUUGUUGCUGAUGAUCGUUACCUUCCCCAUCUCCAUAUGGAUGUGCUUGAAGAUCAUUAAGGAGUAUGAACGUGCUGUUGUAUUCCGACUGGGACGCAUCCAAGCUGACAAAGCCAGAGGGCCAGGUUUGAUCCUGGUCCUGCCCUGCAUAGAUGUAUUUGUCAAGGUUGAUCUCCGAACUGUUCCUUGCAACAUUCCUCCACAAGAGAUCCUCACCAGAGACUCCGUGACUACUCAAGUGGACGGAGUCGUCUAUUACAGAAUCUAUAGCGCUGUCUCAGCAGUGGCUAACGUCAACGAUGUCCACCAAGCCACAUUUCUGCUGGCUCAGACUACUCUAAGAAAUGUCUUAGGGACGCAAACCCUGUCCCAAAUUUUAGCUGGCCGAGAAGAGAUUGCCCAUAGCAUCCAGACCUUACUUGAUGAUGCUACCGAGCUGUGGGGGAUCCGGGUGGCCCGGGUGGAAAUCAAAGAUGUCCGGAUUCCGGUGCAGCUACAGCGGUCCAUGGCAGCGGAGGCUGAGGCCACCCGGGAAGCCAGGGCCAGGGUCCUUGCAGCGGAAGGAGAAAUGAAUGCUUCCAAAUCUCUGAAGUCAGCCUCCAUGGUGCUGGCCGAGUCUCCCAUAGCCCUGCAGCUGCGUUACCUGCAAACCCUAACCACCGUGGCCACGGAGAAGAAUUCCACCAUCGUGUUUCCUCUGCCCAUGAAUAUCCUGGAGGGCAUUGGUGGUGUCAGCUACCAUAACCAACAGAAGGUUCCGAACAGAGCCUGAGGUCCUCCUGCUGUAGUCAGCCAUUGCUUGGGGGAGCUGUUUCUAUCUCUCUGGAGAACCCAGCACUCAGAAGUGCUGAGAGUUGCAACAUUACUGAAACAGAGGGACGCUGCAGCUGGAGUAGCAUUAGCGGGGAAAUGCCGUAGAGGCUACAAAAAAAAAAAAAAAAAAAAGAGGGCUGUGUACUACUUUUAUUAUUCAAGAACAUAAACAACUGUGCAUUAUCCUUUUUAGUCUGUUAGCAGGCGUUCCUGACUUGAGGCAGGAACUUUCUUGCAGUAGGGGGAGGAAAUCUUUGGGUGACAGUGACUAAGAUUUCAGCAUUAUUUUUGAUUGGUUUUAAGAAGCUCUCUAGAUAAUUUAUAAAGUAACAUAGGCCUCCUAUUUAUACUAGAUAUUUGCUUUUUAUAAUUCCCAAGUAACUAUUUGCUAUAUCUCCAAUAAUUACAAUCCCCCCCCCCCCCCCCCCCCGUAUUUGAAAUUCUGAUUGAUUUUCAUGUGAAAGGCUGAAGAGGCACCUAGGCUUCAGUGGCAACUGUAAACUCAUCACCAACCCCCAGGGCAGACUGCUUCCCUCUCUCUUGCUGCCCAGCCUCCUGCCUGGAACAGUGGCCAAUGCUCAGCCUCCCCGCACCUUCGUCAGCGGCUGGGACAGGGCAGAGCGCUUGCAAGUGAGAAUGAUGCUUAUAACAGGUUCUGUUGGUUGGAAUCACUGGGGAACAUCAUCCUGUGGACUUCAUGUUUUCACGCCAUUAUUAGUCCCAAGAGCCACCAGUAGUCAAGAAUUGUUUGUAAACACUAUUCACC